UAUUCAUAGUCUUUGUUUGUCCCCUUUCCGCGCCACCACCACCAGCUGAUCUGCUCUGCUCCCAGAUCAUGGCCGCCACCGCUUCCUCGCAAAACUACGACUAUCUCCGGCGCAAGCAGAGCACAAAGUCGCCCGUCUCGUCGACGCCGGCGCGCGGCCAUGCCCGCACCCCCAGUGAGCGCAACAGCAAUGGCACCGUCAGCUCUUACGGCACCACAAACACGCGCGACACAGCCAUCACCGAGCCCCCGGCCUACUCGAAGAAGCUGGUGGUCGUGGGCGACGGUGGCUGCGGAAAGACAUGUCUGUUGAUCAGCUACAGCUCGGGCAACUUCCCAGAGAAAUAUGUGCCCACCGUCUUCGAAAACUACAUCACCCACACGCCUCAUCCGCCCACCGGCAAGAUGGUCGAGCUGGCUCUGUGGGACACGGCCGGCCAGGAGGAAUACGACCGGCUGCGGCCCCUCUCGUACCCCGAGACAGACGUCAUAUUCGUCUGCUUUGCCAUUGACUGCCCAAACUCGCUCGAAAACGUCAUGGACAAGUGGUACCCCGAGGUGCUCCACUUCUGCCCAACCACACCGCUCAUGUUGCUUGGGCUGAAAUCCGACCUGCGCAACAAGAAGAACUGCAUCGAGCUGCUCAAGACACAAGGCCUGACGCCCGUCACCUCGGAGCAGGGCCGUGCCGUGGCCGACAAAAUGGGCGCCGUUUACAUGGAGUGCAGCAGUAAGGAGCAAGACGGUGUCGAGGAAAUCUUCGACAUGGCCGUCACCAUGGCCGUCGGCGAGGAGCAAAAGGAGGAGGAAGACAACCGCCAGAGCACAGCCACGUCGACAACAAGAGGGAACACAUCGCCAGCGUUCCCCACAGGGGGCGGUAAGAAGAAGAAGCGCAGCGGCUGCACCGUCUUGUAAACUUGGUAUCACGACGCUGGACGACACGAUCAAUAUGUUUUAAUGACCACACGCGGCUCACCUCCGCCACUGUCCUAGCAUGAUCGCUUCCUUGCACACUUGAUAGGGAGGCUUCUCAUCGACAUGGUCCGGGGGCGUUCUGGGUUUUCUUUGGCAUGACAAUGGGCAUAGCGAGUCCAAACGCCCACAUCAGCAUUUCCCUUUUUCUUGUAUCUGUAUUCGGUAUUUAGUAUAUGCGCAUAGCGAGAUUGUUUUUCUGCCUGCGCUGGAGAAGUGAAUGAAGCGCUUGAUUUUUUUUUGAAAGUCUUGAACUCUGCACCAAUC